AUGGAGACAAAGCUCAAUGAAGAUUCUUUAGGUCCCAUAUUACAAAGAAGAUUUGUAGGUAUGGGUUAUGCGCAUAAUUUUGAUUUGUCUAACCAUGGUAGGAUACUUCUUCUUUGGGGCAUGCACAAGGUAGAUGUGGAUAUUAUCUUGACCACUGAACAAUAUAUACAUUGCCGAGUGUGUUGUCGUAUCUCUAGCAAGGGAUUCUUGGUGACCUUUGUUUAUGGUCUUCACUCUAUUGUCACAAGAAGGCCGCUGUGGGAAGCUCUUACUGAUCUUGGGGAUACUAUUUCUGAAUCUUGGAUGAUCAUGACGGAUUUCAACUCAUUCCUAUUAAUUCAUGAAAAGCAAGGUGGUUCUCCGGUUACAAAUCAUGAAAUGAGAGACAUGCAGAUUUAUGCUCAAGCUUGUGGUUUGGUGGAUCUUCUGUCUGUUGGAUAUUGUCUUACAUGGUCAAAUGGUAAUAUUUCUUGUAAGUUGGAUAGAUCUCUUGUAAACUCUUUUUGGCUAAUGGCAGAUUUCGAUGCAUAUGCAGAGUUUACGAUCCCUGGAUGUCUUUUGGAUCAUUCUUGCACUAUUGUUCAUACGCUAGCAAAGGAUCGUGCCCCAAAUAGACCAUUUAAAUUCCUCAACAUGUGGACAUUGCACAAGGAUUUCUUGAAGGUUGUGGAGGAUUCAUGGGCAGCCCCGGUGAUAGGCAAUGCACAAUUCAUCCUAAAGACAAAGUUGUUUCAAUUUAAGAAGUGUUUGAGGGAAUUAAAUAAAAAUCAUUUUGGUCACAUUUCGGAGAAAGCUAGGAGAGCAAAGGAUGAGCUUACGGAGAUACAAAAGGGUAUUCUUGAUGGUGGUCCAAUUCCCUUAGAGUAUAGCCAUGUGAGGAAGAAAAUUACCCUACUUAUUGAGGCAGAAAGACAAUUUUAUCAACAAAGGGCAAAAAAUGUUUAUUUGAGGAAUUCGGACAAGUGCACAAAGUUCUUUCAUGAUGUGGUAAAGAGAAACAACAAGAGAAAUGCUAUCAUUAUGCUCAAGAAAAGGGAUGGGGAACAAACCACAAGCUUAGGUGAAGUUGCGGAGGAAUUUGUUGAUUAUUUCCAUGGGUUACUUGGCCAAAAGGAGGUGUGUGUCGAAUGA